AUGCAAUCCGAAGCUCAAGUUAAAGUUCAGCAAAUUAAUCCUCAUGUCAUUUGCUAUUUAUGUCAAGGCUACCUGAUCGAUGCUACCACCAUUACGGAAUGCUUGCACUCCUUUUGUAGAAGUUGCAUCGUCAAACAUUUCGAUAAAAGUUUGCUGUGUCCACUUUGUAAUCUGAGAGUGCAUGAGACGAGGCCUCAUCUUAACAUAAGAUCCGAUACAACCUUGCAAGAGAUCGUUUAUGGUCUCGUUCCUGGUUUACUGAAAGAAUUACUAUCCAACAAUUUAAAUAAGAGACGCCAAUCGGAAGAUAGCCAACGUACUUGUAUCACAUUAGAGAAUAUUUCAAGCUCGCAAUUUAGUAACGGACGUUCUAAGAUUGACGUUUUUCAUAAUGGUCGAUUGAUUGAUAACGAAUUUAUGCUGGAAGAUGUGGCUGUUAUUUAUGCUAAUAACACGGGAAAUCCUUUACAUUUGCAGUUCAAAAUUACUCCUAUCAGUCAAAGUCAUUAA